AUGUCCUCCCCAGACCCAGAAGAUGCAUCGCCCUCGCCCGAGUACAGCGGCCCCGAAGGGAGCGACAGCGGCGACAUCGACAUGACGGCCGACCAGAAGGCGGACCCGCGCCCUGGCGACCAUUCCCCAGAGACCAAGCCCAACGGCACCGUCAAGUCAAACGCAAAGGACCCAACGCGCCCCCGCCGCAAAAAGGCCCGCCGCGCCUGCUUUGCCUGCCAGCGUGCCCAUCUGACCUGCGGCGACGAGCGCCCGUGCCAGCGCUGUAUCAAGCGCGGUCUGCAGGACCACUGUAUGGAUGGUGUGCGCAAGAAGGCAAAGUAUCUUCACGAUGCACCAGACGGGGCUCUCAUGCCCGGCGUGGGCGGUCACUAUCCCCACAUGAACGGCAACCGUCCAGUCCCGGUCCCGGUUCCUGUUCAUGACCAAGGAGCAGUGGCCGUGGCCCAGCAAGGAGCCUACUUCACCCAGGCGCCCUCUGCCACCUACUACACCCAGAAUACUGCGCCAAAUCAAGCUGUACCGGUGCAAGAUCCAACUUACAGCAACCCACAGGCUCCAAUAUCGCCGCAGUACGCCCAGAACACACAGGCUGUAAUGGCCGCUGCUCCUGCGCCUGUCUCCCAAGGCACACAGAUGCAGCAGUUUGGUGGCCCUCUCUUCGAUCCCAGUGAUCCUGCCCUGUUCAAUUUUGACAUCUCAAGUCUGAACUUCGGAAACCAUUACGGCGCAUUGGAGCUUGGCAUGCUCGGCCACAUGUCGUCGGCCGCCAUAGACGUGCCGACCAACGAUAACCCUUUGAACCAGGCCGCACAUGCGUAUAAUGGUCCAAUGGGUUCUGGACCGUACGCUGAGAAUCACGGCUUACCCGCCCAUGUGUCGUUCGGUCCAGACGGCCUCCCGUCAGCCGAAUGGCAGAAUCCCCACUCGCGGCAUGGUAGCCUACAGGUCCACACCCCAAACAACACACCUGUCACUAUAGAUCGGCACGACAGUCUCAAUGGGCCCAUGGCCUAUGCAAUCGGCCAAGGUGGACCUUCCAGCUUAUCGAGCGCCAGCCCUGCAUCCAUGGAUUACAACACAGGCUAUGACAACGAGAACCCCAUGUCUGCUGCGACUUUCUUUGCGAACGCGAACCAGUCGCAGUCGCGCGGCUCUCCAACAACGCAUCGUGCACAACAGGAGAACCGUCCACCUGGAGGGCCACUGUACCAAAUGCAUCCCAAUGCAGGACGAAAACGACAGUCUAAACUCAUUUAUGAGAAGGUCACCAAGCCUUACAACUACCCAUCGGCGCAUCACCGCUUGGUUGUCGCGUGCAGCAGAAGGUUCUCCAGGAAAAACCAGGAUAGUGUUCGGACCUCUCUAGGUCUGUUCAGGCCUUCUUUGCUGAUCAACGCUUCUCAUCUCGAUAGCGACGAUCUCAUUCAUGCUGAGAAGAACCUGCAGCGCUCAUUGAUAUCCAUGCUCGAGUGUUUCGGCGAGGUGGGUACGCCAUCUCUGAUUGUGCGUCGCACGGGCGAAGUUGUGGGCACGAACAAAGAGUUUGAGAUCUUGACCGGCUGGAAGAGAGAAGUCCUGCUAGGGACAGAACCCAACCUCAACGCAAACUUGGGUAGCAGUCAGCAGCGCUCCAACGAGAGCGGACUUUCUAGCCAAAGCAGCACCACGCCAACGCUACCAGGCCAAGAGCCUGAGGCGGGCCCGUAUCCCGUCAAUAUUGUUGAACUCCUCGACGAGCCAUCGGCGGUGGAAUAUCUGUCAGAUUUUGCGAAUCUUGCAACGGCGGAUCCACUAGGCAGAGGCCACCGCCGUGUCAAUUUCCUGCGCUACCAGACCAAAGAGGAUCUGGCGCGUGAGGCAGAGCGACCGCGUGGAGCAAAUGGCGAUCGGCUCAAGCACGAGCCGCUGGUGAAACAGGAAGAUGGCAUCAUCCACCGUGGAGAAGCGAUGAAAAGCUUAGGCGCGCACAACGGGCUCAUUGACAGCAUGAUCAUGUGGCAUAUUAAGAGGGAUAACUUCGAUAUGCCCAUGCUAGUUGCUUUUCAGAUUAUGCCUGUGCUGAGCACAACACAGUAG